AUGGAUGGAGACCUUAGCCUAUCCCAGUCUCUGGGAGGCUUACGGAUCGCAAACCCCGAUGACUCGUCUUUGCACUCGUCCGAAGAUGCGGUCACCCCGGGCCCCAUGGCCGCGUCGGCUCCAACGACGUCCGAUCUCACGCGCGAAACCACAUUGCCCGAUCGGUCGGGCAGUGUCUUAACAGCCUCUCCGCCCCAGCUCUCCAUACUCCCCUCCCACGACAUCUCCCCAGAUACACCCGAUCCGUCAUUCUCCCAGGAAAACCGCAGCUCAACCUACCUUCCCUAUUUGGAUUUGCAGCAGCAAACGUCGCCCCAAUACACUCCCUAUUCCGCCCACCACCAUCAAUCCACCCCGUCCAAUUCCUCCCGCCCCCUGUCCGGCCUAUACGCGAACGGUUCCACCUCCACCUUGGCCGCCCGGGACUCCUACCGGAUUCGCACCGAUUCCGCCGCGUCGUCGGCGUCCGAAAGCCUCGCCCGGGCGGAGUCCCGCGGUGGUUCGGCCGCCUACCAGGCGGGCGUGCCCACCCGCGACAACAGCCACAGCGAUCGCGCCUACCGAACCGCCCAAAUGCCCACCGGAACUGCCCCCAUCCGCCAGUCGUCACGGGCCCACGCGCGCGGGGGCCCGCCCGCGCAGCUGUCGGGCUCUCCCUACGGCAUGGAAAAUGGUCCGACCCCGAGCAGUGAGGAAUGGCAGGAUCGGGGCGCCGCCGUCUCCGUCCGGCAAGAGCUCGACUCCAGCGGGAAACCCGUCGCGCGAUACAUCAAAAAGGGGGUCCGCGACUUCAUCUUCGCCAACACUCUCGGAGAAGGGUCAUACAGCACCGUCGUGUUGGGGACGGACCGCCAGACCCUCAAGGAAUACGCCAUCAAGAUCCUCGACAAGCGCCACAUCAUCAAGGAGAAGAAGGUCAAAUAUGUGAAUAUCGAGAAGGACACCCUGAACCGACUGACGGACCAUCCGGGAAUCGUACGACUCUACUAUACCUUCCAGGACGAGCGCUCGUUAUACUUUGUGCUGGAUCUCUGCAAGGGCGGCGAGCUGUUGGGGGUGCUCAAACGCAUGUCGAGUUUUGACGAGGAUUGCACGCGUUUUUACGGCGCGCAGAUCCUGGACACCAUCGACUACAUGCAUAAGCGCGGCGUGAUUCACCGCGACCUGAAGCCCGAGAACGUGCUCCUGGACAGCCAGAUGCACGUCAAGAUCACCGACUUUGGCACCGCGAAGAUCCUCAAGUCCGCCCGGAAACCCGGCGCCAAUUCGACCGGGGUGCCCUCGCUCGACGCGACCGAUAUUCCCGAGGAGGACCGGGCCAGCUCGUUCGUCGGCACGGCCGAGUAUGUCAGCCCGGAACUGCUGACGGACAAGAACGCCUGCAAGGCCAGUGACCUGUGGGCCUUUGGCUGCAUUAUCUACCAACUGCUGGCCGGCCGGCCCCCGUUCAAGGCCGGGAACGAGUACCAGACCUUCCAGAAAAUUGUCGCCCUCGACUACGAGUUUCCCCUCGGGUUCCCCGCCGUCGCGCGGGAUCUCGUCGAGCGACUCCUCGUGUUGGAUCCCGCUCGCCGACUGCCGAUCGAGCAUAUCAAGAACCACGAGUUCUUCCAAGGGAUGACGUGGGGCCCUGAGCUGUGGAAGCGAAAAGCCCCGCGCCUGAAGGCCUACGUGCCGCCCCCGCGCGAGCCCAUCAAGCUGAACGGCGCCGACGGCGGCGACAGCUACCCGCCGGGCAUCAAUGCCGCGCCCCCCCACCCCACCAACGCCAGUUCCCGCAUGAUGCCGAGACUCAUCACCGAGUUGCCGCCUCCCAGCCAGCUGGAUAUCGAGUGGUCCCCUGUGCUCACCAAGACCAAUGAACGAAUCUUGAAACUGGGGAAUUGGGUCGUUCUGUCCUCCCCGGCCUCGCACAGCCCGGCGUCCAAGAACAGUGGCGGCGAGGUGGAGCCGCACAAGAAGUUCUCGCGGUUCUUUGCCGGGAGUGCGACGAAGAAGCGACAGCGAUUGGUCAUGGUUACCUCCUCGGGGCGAAUCAUCAUGGCGGCGUCGGGGGGAGACGAGAAGAAAGCCAAGAUGGAGCUGUCGCUGCUCGCACCGGGGACCCACUAUCGCACGUCGGCGGAUUCGAAAGGCUUCUCCUGUUGGAUUGUAGACACGCGAGACAAACACUUUGUCUUCGAAGAUCCCAAACCGUCGUCUAGCAACAUGGGAGCCACCGCGUUGUCGGCCCAGGAAUGGCUCGAUACGCUCGAUCGCGCCAAGGAAAUGGCUCUAUCGCAGCAGACUGGUUAUUCCGGCGACGAUGCGUUCCGGGAUCUGCCGUCGGAACUGUCCAGCCAGGCCAAUACCUUGGACCGGACUUCUGACGUGCAUCGCGACGGCCCAUCGGCCGCACGAGCCACCCUGGUCAAACACCAAGGCAACGAUAACGAAUCCGUCAAAGGACGGAAACGGUUCAGCAGACGCCAUUCGAGGAAUGGCUUAUCCGCGGUAUUCUAA